AUGGUCCGGUCCCACUCAGACUCUGUCCCAUGGUCCGGUCCCACUCAGACUCUGAACCCCAUGGUCCGGUCCCACUCAGACUCUGUCCCAUGGUCCGGUCCCACUCAGACUCUGAACCCCAUGACUCUGAACCCCAUGGUCCGGUCCCACUCAGACUCUGUCCCAUGGUCCGGUCCCACUCAGACUCUGCCCCAUGGUCCUCAGACCCUGUACGACCUCUAA